UGGGUUACCAGUGUCCAGGUACCAGAUAGAUGGCGCUCUUGGACAGCUGAAGAUGGUGGCAACUUGACGCAGGCCGAGGAUGAUGUUUGGACACGACGGGCGAUGGCCGAGACCCAGCCGAGAUCUGGCAGGUUUCGUUUUCAGCUUCAUUGGAUCUUGCGGCCACCAUAUCUAUUCGCUCUUGAUCUCAGAGUUCGUGAUCCCGACCCACCAUGUUCAAGACAUUCACCAUCAAGGAUGGGGUUUCCGGCCAGACCUUGGUUAAAUCCUCGGUCGCCCGUGGAAUCCGAUCAAAGAUUCUUGAGCAGUAUCCCGCCCUCAACCCUCAUAUUGAGGAAAUCCUACCGAAGAAAGCCCAGAUCACCCUCCUGAAAGGCGAGGAGCACCUCAAUAUCGUUUCUCACAAUGGAGAGAUGCUCUUCUUCAACCACUAUGACGGGUCAUACUACCCCAACUUGCAUCUUUUGCACAAAUAUCCCGAUAUUCUUCCCAAGGUGCAAGUCGACCGCGGCGCCAUCAAGUUUGUCCUCAGAGGUGCAAAUAUCAUGUGUCCUGGUUUAACUUCCCCUGGGGCCCAACUGGAUGCGGGCAUUCCCGAGGGAACUGUUGUGGCGAUCCAGGCAGAAGCUAAGGAGUCGGCAGUCGCUGUUGGGAUCAUGAAAAUGUCUUCGGACGACAUCAUAUCCACCAACAAAGGCAUUGGGGUCGACAAUAUCCAUUACAUUGGUGAUGGGCUCUGGAAAGGUGCUCAGUAAGAAUCUCAAAUACACGCUGGUUUGAUCCUUCCCAUGCAUAGCUUCUU